CGCCGCCGCCGCCGCCGAGCGCGCGCUUCUCCGCGUGCGUGACGUCUGAAGCGGGCUGGGCUGGGCUGGGCCGGGCCGGGCCGGGCCAAGCGGCGCAGUCCGUUUCCCGUCGGGCGCCGCGCCGAGCAGGGGGCCUCGUGGCGGGGCGUGGUCUAGGCAGCUUCGCCGUCCUGUGUCUGCCCGGCUGCGGCCGCGGGGUUCCGGCCCCGGGCUCGUCGACGGCAAGGAGCUGCUGCGGGUCGUCAUGUCGGGGAUCAAACGAACCCUCAAAGAAAAUGACCCUGACUACGAGGAAAUUUCUGUGGCGCCCCCAAACAAACGACAUAAAGCCAUGGAAGACUCAGCUCGAGACGCUGCCGUGCAGAAGAUUGAAACUAUUAUUAAGGAGCAGUUUGCUGUCGAAAUGAAAAACAAGGAGCAUGAAAUUGAAGUCAUAGAUCAGCGACUGAUUGAGGCUCGGAGAAUGAUGGAUAAACUUCGUGCUUGCAUCGUGGCAAACUACUACGCUUCUGCUGGUCUUUUCAAAGCCUCUGAGGGAUCAAAGACUUGUGACGCCAUGGUUUUUAAUCAUCCUGCCAUCAAGAAGUUUUUGGAAUCGCCAUCAAGGUCAUCAUCUCCUGCUAAUCAGAGAUCAGAAACACCAUCUCUUAACUAUUCCGAAAGUGAUUCUUUAUCUCAGCAUAAUGACUUCUUGUCUGACAAAGACAAUAAUAGCAACAUGGAUCUGGAGGAACGAUUGUCCAACAAUGUGGAGCCUCAGAGACUGGCCAGAAAUACUGGUCGGGACUCCAGUAGUGGAACAAGCUCUCGGAAAACAAGCCUACAGAAUUCAGAUCUCACUUCAGAAGAUGUUUCAAGACUUUUUGUGAAGAAAACCAUCGUAGUUGGCAAUGUGUCAAAGUACAUUCCCCCUGAUAAGAGAGAAGAAAAUGAUCAGUCAACUCAUAAAUGGAUGGUGUAUGUCCGGGGCUCUCGAAGGGAGCCUAGCAUCAAUCACUUUGUAAAGAAAGUUUGGUUCUUUCUCCAUCCCAGCUAUAAACCAAAUGACCUUGUGGAAGUUCGAGAGCCUCCUUUCCACCUGACCAGGAGAGGUUGGGGUGAGUUUCCAGUCAGAGUUCAAGUUCACUUUAAGGACAACCAGAACAAGCGGAUAGAUAUCAUCCAUAACCUGAAGCUGGACAGAACUUACACUGGCCUACAGACUCUGGGUGCCGAGACAGUGGUGGAUGUUGAGCUCCAUCGACACUCCCUCGGAGAAGACCCCUUCUGUCCUCAGUCAUCAGAGUCCGAUAUCUCAGACGCCCCUUCCUCUUUGCCUUUGCCCAGCCCGGCCCCCGUGAAAGCUGCUUCCCCCAGAAAGCCCUCCCAUGAGCCCGUGCCCGAUGCUGCCCUGGACAAAGGUUUCCAGGCAAAAACUGAAGCUGACAGACCCACAGCAUUUUACUCUUUGCCAUCUUCAGUGGAACGUACCCCGACAAAAUUGGUGUCAUCACAGAGGAUCACCUUUGGCUCCCAUGGUAAUUCAGCAUUCCAGCCAAUAGCAGCCAGUUGCAAAAUUGUGCCACAAGGUCAAGUUCCUAAUCCUGAGUCUCCUGGAAAAUCCUUUCAGCCAAUCACCAUGAGCUGCAAAAUUGUCUCAGGAAGCCCCACCAGCAAGUUGUCCAGUGCUUCCCAGACUACCCAAGGAACAGGAUCUCCCAUUCCUAAGAUCCAUGGAAGUAGUUUUGUCACUUCUACGGUCAAGCAGGAGGACUCCUUGUUUGCGUCUAUGCCUCCUCUUUGCCCAAUUGGGAGUCACUCUAAAGUGCAGAGCCCCAAACCUGUCACUGGAGGCCUUGGAGCUUUUACCAAGGUGAUAAUCAAGCAGGAGCCUGGAGAAGCCCCCCACAUGGCCACCUCAGGAGCCUCCAACCAGCCACCUCUGCCCCAGUAUGUGACUGUGAAGGGGGGUCACAUGAUAGCUGUGUCUCCUCAGAAGCAAGUCUUGGCUGCAGGAGAUGGGACUGCUCAGUCACCUAAGGUGGUUGGCGUGCCGGUCGGCUCUGCUUUGCAGUCCACAGUGAAGCAGGCCAUGGCCAUCAGUGGGGGCCAGAUCCUGGUGGCCAAGGCCAGCUCCGCCGUUGCCAAGGCCGUGGGUCCAAAGCAAGUUGUGACCCAAGGAGUCGCCAAAGCGAUUGUGAGCGGGGGUGGAGGGACCAUUGUUGCUCAACCUGUGCAGACCUUAACCAAGGCUCAAGUGACUUCCAGUGGAGCCCCGAAAAGUGGAUCUCAGGGUUCAGUGAUGGCUACUUUGCAGCUGCCUGCCACCAAUCUGGCCAACUUGGCAAAUUUGCCUCCUGGCACCAAACUGUACUUAACAACAAAUAGCAAGAACCCUUCUGGAAAAGGAAAACUUCUGCUGAUCCCUCAAGGGGCCAUCCUGCGAGCUACAAACAAUGCGAACCUCCAAGGAGGAGCUUCUGCAGCUGGAGGCAGCGGCGGCACUGCGGGAGCACAGGGCUCGAACCCCGGAGGAGUGUCCCCACAUCUCACCUACACGUCCUAUAUCCUCAAGCAAACUCCCCAGGGCACGUUUUUAGUUGGCCAGCCCUCUCCUCAGAGUUCUGGGAAGCAGCUGGCGACUGGCUCGGUGGUUCAGGGCAAUUUGGGAGUUAGUGCAUCUUCCACUCAAGGACAGCAGGCGUUAAAAGUCAUCUCUGGACAAAAAACAGCUUUGUUCACCCAGGCAAACCCUGGUGGACAGGCCUCUUUGGUGAAAAUAUCUGAUGGCUCCUUGAAGUCUGUGCCAGCCAGCACCCCUCUCUCCAAGCCCGGGACCACCGUGCUGAGAGUCGCGGGGGGCGUGAUCACUACCGCCGCCUCCCCUGCUGUGUCUCUCUCUGCCAAUGGAGUUGUUCAGCAGUCGGAAGGAGCGGCGUCCAGCUCGGCGUCAGCGGCGGGGCCCGGAGGGAAAGCUUGUGGACAGCAGUCGCUUUGUGUGACUCCAGCCCAGGCAGGGCCUGCGGGGGCCGCGAGGGCCGGAGCCUCAGCUGUCAUCAGCGCCACGUCUCUGGUGGGCGCAGCCACCCCUGUCUCCGGCAAAGCUGCAGUCUCAGGCCUUUUAAAGAUCCAUUCCAAUCAGUCUAAUCCUCAGCAGGCUGUCCUAACCAUCCCCAGCCAGCUUAAGCCACUCAGUGUAAAUGCUGCAUCCGGGGGCAUCCAGACCAUCCUGAUGCCCAUGAAUAAAGUAGUUCAGUCGCUGUCUGCCAACAAGACACCUGCCAUGCCCCCCGUGGUGGCCCCCAGCUUGGCUGCUGUCAGCUCUCCUUCAGCCACUGUUACUAAAGUGAAGGUGGAACCAGAAACCACAGGAGCAAAUGGCCUCCCCUUGGUCUCCCAGGAAGUGCAGACAGAAGUGAAGACGGAAGAGACUUCUGAACUGGGGAACUAUGCGAUCAACAUAGAACAUUUAGAAAAUACCCAACAACUUCUAACAGCAAUAGUAAAGAAGAUCCCAUUAAUCACUAAAAAGGGUGAAGAUGCCAAUUGUUUCUGUGCAAGUUCUGUGGAGCAGUAUUAUAGUUGGAACAUUGGGAAACGGAGGGCAGCAGAGUGGCAACGAGCAAUGACAAUGAGAAAAGUCUUACAAGAAAUAUUGGAGAAGAAUCCCAGGUUUCACAAUGUGACGCCCCUCAAAACCAAGCACAUUGUCCAUUGGUGUCGUUGCCAUGGUUAUACUCCACCAGACCCAGAGAGCUUGAGAAAUGAUGGUGAUUCCAUUGAGGACGUACUGACACAGAUAGACAGUGAGCCAGAGUGUCCAUCAUCCUUCAGCACCGCUGAUGAUCUCUGCCGAAAACUGGAAGGUCUGCAGCAGUUUCAGAAAAGUGAGCCUGAGAAUGAUGAGGAGGUGGACAUUCUCAGUGUCACUGAGCCCCUGAAAAUAAACAUCAAGAAAGAAAAGGAAGAAAAGCAAGCAGGAAUGAAGUUCUAUUUGGAGACGAUGCCCGCGUCCGAGUUUGUCAGCGACACAGCACAAAAGAUUGGAAUCACCCUCCAGCCUGUGGAACUUCACAAGAACACGUAUGCAUCUGUUGUUGAAGAUAUGAUUCUAAAGGCCACUGAGCAACUAGUGAGCGACAUCCUGAGACAGGCUCUGGCCGUUGGAUACCAGACAGCAUCUCAAAGCAGGGCUCCAAGAGAAAUCACAGUGAUGAAUAUUCACCAGGCCAUCUGUAAUAUUCCCUUUCUUGAUUUUCUCACUAACAAACAUAUGGGAGUAUUAAGCAAGGAGCAAUAAACUGAAGAUGCCCCCAGAAAAAUAGGGUGAUGGGAAGACUCAGUCAGAGCCUGGGAGCUGAUCCCAACGCGAGCGCCUGGGCCCAUGCUCUUCACCAGUCACUAAGUGAAGUAGUGAGUGGAUCAACAAACUCUUUCCAAUUGGAUUUAAUUGGUUGAUGUGAAGACUCGAGAGCAUGGGAGAGCCAAAGCUGGAAUGGUGGAAGUGUCCCUGGGUAUCUUGAGGCAGCCUUGAUUUAUUUCCACCGCCCCUCUGGAGCCUCCCCGAUUUGGGCAGGGUCUCUGGGGAAGGCCAUGCGGGUCUGGCUGUGUGCUGGGCACUACCACUGGGCUCCGGGCUCAUGGGCAGCUCCCCACUGUUGUCUUGGGAGAAGAAUUGUUCUAGAAGUGAUUGACGGGAAGCUCUGGUAGAGGUGCCGGUGGCCCUGGGGACCUGCCUUGUGUGGAGGGGCAACUUCUGUGGCAGGACCUCUGCAAGCGGUGGUUUGGACAGUGAGCUGAGCAGGACUGGCUGCAGCAGUCCCUGGGAUCGGCACAACUGGCCCCACACAGGACAAGCAGAAUGCCCCCGCUUCUCUCUAAGCAGACUCCAGGGCACGUCCUGAGCUAUACACACUGGUAAGAAAUUUGAACAUUCCAAUCGUGAACAUCCAACCACUGAUUGGUGGGGAAUCAGCAGCAGCCAGAAAUCUUGGGCCUGAAGCAAAGCAGAAGCAGCUUGGAAUCAUCCUCUGAAGCUUGAUCAGCCGGCUUGUCUGUGUGGGCAGCUUGCUCCCUUGCAUGCAUGGACUCCCCUUUGCCAUGUGCACCCCGUUCACAACCGGCAUCUGCAGCGUGUGUGCGCCGAUGGGCUUGCUUGAAAGUUGUUCAUUUUUAGGAAAAUUCCCCCAGUGAAGGCCAAAUGGAAAGGAUUCCUGCAUUGGAUAGGAGACUGAAGGAGACAUUACAGUCCCCCUCCAUACCUAAGAGCCUUUGAGGAGAUGAGCUCUGACAGAUCCCACUCCCCAGGAAAAGGAAACAAUGCAAAGGCACAUGUGUGUGUGUGUGUGCUUAUUCAGGGGAGGAAGACAAAGAAAGUCCCUCAGCUCUGAGCAGAGGCCUCACAACACCCUGAUGAUGACAAGAACAAAGCCCAAGAGAGACCAGCAGACAAGGAAGAGCUUUUCCUCAGCAGCAGCCCUGGCCUGCUACCCGGGGCACGUGGAAGACAGCCGGUGCAGCUGGUCACAUCCCCUGGUCCAUAUGGGGUGCCGAACAGAGAGGCGUCCAUCAGCAGGAGCUGGCCCCCAUCCGCCCUGGAGGAGCCUCUGGCCUCUUAUGUGGCCAGAAGUGAGGAUCCAUCCAAAUGGUUUCAUGUGCCCAGGCUAAGUGGCUGAGUCAGAGGAAGGUAAGGGCAGUCCCAGGUGGAGAAUGAAGUGAGGGGCCCAUUGGUCACAGCCGUCUUCCUGGAACAUGCGAUCCAGCAGUCUGGGAGAGGAGAACGCUGUUUGGUACUGUGCAUGCUCAGAACACCAAAUACAAAUCAUUUAACUUGUAAAGACUCAGAAUAUUUUAACAGUUACAGGAACCCCCCAAGACAUUUGAGAAUAGCAGACAUAUAUUUGGAUUCAAAAGAAAGUUUUCUCUAGAAUCUUUAAAAUCUAAGAUCUAGAGGAAAAGGAUGCAGUUGGUCCAUGGCAGACCCAAAGGAAAGCAAGUCCUUUCACUGACUGGGAGAAUAUAGUAAACAAGUUUUCAGCAAAGGAAAUAUUGAAUAAUUAAAGAUCUCCUUAUGUGUUAAGACUUCCCCAAUGUAUUUGUAUGAUAAUGUGUAACAUAAUUAUGUAAUAUACAUGGAUACAAUAAAUUUUCUUUUAGUAGUUGU